AAACGACUGUAACAUACCGAGUAAACAAAAUUAAGCUAAAAGUGAAAAUCGACUAGAUAAGUUAAUUUCUAUCUUUCUAAGUAUACUCAACUUCUAUCUUUUCCUUAACAUUUCUAAUAAAACUUAAUAAAAUGAUGACACGUUUGGAAAACUUCUAAGAUGAUAUUCAUGUGAGUCAAAUUUUGACAAAGAUUUUUUUGCACUUAAUUUAUAAACAAAAUACAAAACUGCCACGGAACGCUCCAGGAAUUUCAGAAAUGUCCUUUGUACUUCGGCGAGGCACACAGGGGCACACACAACUUAGAAAACGAAGUUAUAGAAAUUUCUGUUAUGAACUUUGGAAGAUCCUCACGCCUGCUCAAAGAUUUGUUAAAAUUAUUUUGGGAAUUUUAUAUUACUAACUUACUAUGCAGGAAUAAAAUUUCCGAUGAACAAAAGGAUAAUGAAAAUCAAGAGCAGAAUGAACGUGAUUAUAUAAUAAAUGAAAUGAAAUCAUUACAACGUAAACCAAAAUGGUAUCAUCCGUUCUUAGAUUGUGUAAUUGUAUUUUGUGAUGUAACUGGUAUACACGGGGCAUGUCAUAUUACAAAUAAAUCAUUACCUAGAAGUGAGAAUAUUGCAUGGUUUGUUAUUGUUCUGACAGCUCUAACAAUUAGUUCAAUAUUAUUGUAUGUAAGUUGGAAAUGGAAUGAUGAAACACCAACAAAACAACUAAUUGAUAGUAUGCAUGCUCCAGUUUGGAGAAUACCAUUCCCAGCUGUUACAAUUUGUAGUAAUAAUCGAAUAUCUAAGGAAAAAGUUACAAAAUUAGCAAAUGAAAUGAAAUUCACCAAUUACACUCCUCCCGACUUCUUGAAAUUAUUUAAGUUAACAAUGGGUGUUAAAGGUGGUCUAGCUGAAAAUAAUGAUAAAUAUUUACUUUUUGAUCGUAUAUUAAGAAGUAAUAAUCAUACAUUUUAUACAUUAAUGGAUUUAUUAACACCAAAAUGUACAGAUUUAAUAAGACGUUGUAUGUGGAAAGGUGAAACACGUAAAUGUGAGGCGAUUUUUCAAGAAAUUGAAACAUCAUCAGGAAAAUGUUGUGCAUUCAAUUAUUUUGCAAUAAAUACAACAACAUUUCCACAACGUGUUAUAUUACGUAAUGAAAUAUUUAAAGUACCACAAAGAGUAACAAGUUGUGGUUCAAAAACUGGUUUAACAUUAUUAAUUGAACCCAAAACAACUGAUUAUUUUGGAACACAUUUUAGUUUUCCAGGUUUAAAAAUUUAUUUACAUGAUUCAUAUGAUUUUCCAGAUGAAAAUUCAAUAAUAACAUUAAUACCGGCACGUACAGAAGCUCAUGUACAAAUAACAUCAAAACAAACAUUUGCAACAAGUGAUGUUAGAGAAAUUAAACCAAAAAUUCGUAAUUGUUUAUUUGCUGAUGAAAAAAAAUUAAAUUUUACACAAAAAUAUUCAUUAAUUAAUUGUUUAGCUGAAUGUCGUAGUACAUUCAUUUAUAGUUUAUGUAAUUGUAUACCAGAUUCAUUACCACGAAAUGAUUCAAUGAGAUUAUGUCAAAUUGCUGAUACACCUUGUAUAUUAAAACAUCGUUCUCGUUAUAUUUCAUCAGCAUUACCCAGUUUCAUUCUAUCAAAUAAAACUAAUGAAACAAAAUCAAAUUUAAAUGAACAUCCUUGUGAUUGUCUACCAGAUUGCCAAAUAAAUCAAUAUUCAGUGCUAUCGUAUGCAAAUUAUUUGGAUAGAAAUUUUUCAUAUUCAUUAAUGAAUUUAUUCAAAGGAGUUGAAAUCACGGAUCAAAUUUUAUUACAUGUUUAUAAAUCUGAUAUACUUGUAACACGAUAUAGAACAACAGCUUUUCAAACAUGGUUUGAAAUUUUAGCAUCAUUUGGAGGACUUUUAGGAUUUGUAAUUGGUUUUAGUAUAGUAACUGUUGGUGAAUUUAUAUUUGCAGUAAUAUUAAGUCCAAUUUUGAAUAAAUUUAAUGUUUGAAUUGGAAAUA